AUGGCUGUGAAACCCCCCCUCUCUCUCCUGCUGGCCGUGCUGGCAUGGACCGGGUGCGUCCGGUCCUCCCCUGCCCUCCUUCUCCGCCCCCGAGAGCGGGAGAGAGACAUAGGCUCCUCCAGCCACUUCAACAUCGCGGUCAUCUACUCUGGAUCCUCGCUGCACACGGACGUGGCCGGGACGGGAGGCCGGGCGGGCUCGGGCUCCACGGGUGGCAGCAGGGUCACGUACCCCGGGGUGGAUCUGGGGAGGAUCUCCAGCGGCCUGGGGGAGAGCGUGGUGACCCAGUGGGGCUCCGCGAACGUGAUCUGGCUGGCUGUCAACGAGAGCAGCCCCAGGAGCCUGCUGCUUCAGCUGUGUCAGCUUCUGGCCACCAGGCCCCUGCAGGGGUUGGUGUAUGAGGAGGAGAAGCCCCCCCCGAGCGCCAGAGGCCCCUUGGCCCCCAUGCUGGAGUUCGUCUCUGCUCAGACUGGGCUCCCCAUCGUAGCAGUCGGAGGGGGUUCUGGACUGGGGAGGGAGCCACAGGAGAGUGGCUCCAUCUACCUGCAGUUCAGCACCUCCACGGCCCUCCAGCUGGAGGUGAUUUUCGAAGUGCUGGAGCAGUACGACUGGACGGCCUUCUCGGUCGUGUCCACCCGUCACCACGGCUACCAGGACUUCCUGGCGAUGGUGGAGGGCCUGACGGACGGCUCCUUCAUCGGCUGGGAGAGGAAAAGUGUGGUCAUACUGAACAUGACGGACGACCCGGGCCUUGCGCGCACCAGGAGGAUGUUGAAGGAGAACGAGGCACAGGUGCGUCUGCUGUACUGCUCCCAAGACGAGGCCGAGCAGAUAUUCAAGGCGGCCUGGGCGGCGGGUCAAGCCGGCCCGUCACACAUGUGGUUCGCAGUGGGGCCCGCCCUGGCCGGCCUUGGGCUGGAAGGCCUGCCAAAAGCCCUCUUCACAGUGAGGCCUCAGGGCUGGCGGGAUGAGCCUAGGAGAAGGAUCGCCAAGGGGGUUUCAGUGUUGACUCACGGUGCUGUGGCCCUGAGGAAGGAGUACGGAGCGUCACGAGGGCCAUACUUUGCCAACAACUGCCAGACGGACACCAACCACACGCAAAGGGUGCCUGACAGGAUUAGGUAUUUCAGCAACAUAACAUUGGGUGGACGAGAUUACUCCUUCAACAGUGACGGCUACCUGGCCAACCCAUCACUGGACGUCAUAUCCUACUCACCAGGAAGGGGGUGGGAGGAGGUGGGCUGGUGGGAGAAUAAGGUUCUGAAGCUGCGGUACCCGCCCUGGUCUCGGUACGGCUCGUUUCUGCAGCCCCCCGAUGACGCCCAGCACCUGCGGGUGGUCACCCUCGAGGAGCGGCCCUUUGUCAUCGUAGAGCCGGCGGACGCCGCUUCCGGAACCUGCAUUCGCGACUCUGUUCCCUGCCGGCUACCCGUCAAUACCAGUGUGGCUCCCGAGGGCGUGGUGCCCAUGAAACAGUGCUGUAAGGGAUUCUGCAUCGAUGUCCUUAAACGAUUGGCCAAAAUAGUGGGCUUCACCUACGACCUUUACUUGGUUACCAACGGGAAGCAUGGGAAGAAUAUUGACGGGGAGUGGAACGGCAUGGUGGGAGAGGUCGUGUACAAGCGCGCUGACAUGGCCAUUGGCUCCCUGACCAUUAAUGAAGAAAGGUCAGAGGUCGUGGAUUUCUCUGUCCCGUUUGUGGAGACAGGCAUCAGCGUGAUGGUUUCCCGCAGCAAUGGCACUGUUUCGCCGUCCGCCUUCCUCGAGCCCUACAGCCCGGCAGUCUGGGUGAUGAUGUUUGUGAUGUGUCUGACCGUUGUCGCGGUGACUGUCUUCAUCUUCGAGUUCUUCAGCCCCGUCGGAUACAACCGCAGCCUGCAGAGUGGAAAGAAGGCUGGAGGCUCCAAGUUCACUAUUGGGAAGUCUAUCUGGCUACUGUGGGCUCUGGUCUUCAACAACUCCGUCCCUGUGGAGAACCCCAGAGGAACUACCAGCAAGAUCAUGGUCCUGGUCUGGGCCUUCUUCGCCGUCAUCUUCCUGGCCAGCUACACAGCCAACCUGGCCGCUUUCAUGAUCCAAGAGGAGUACAUCGACACCGUCUCCGGGCUCAGUGACAAAAAGUUCCAGCAGCCCACAGAGCAGUACCCCCCUCUCAAAUUUGGUACGGUCCCCAAUGGCAGCACAGAGGAGAACAUACGGAGCAAUUACCCUGCCAUGCACCAGUACAUGGUCAAGUACAACCAGAGAGGGGUGGAGGAGGCUAUCGCUAAUCUCAAGACCGGCAAGCUGGACGCGUUCAUCUACGACGCAGCCGUGGUGAACUACAUGGCCAGGAAGGACGAGGGCUGUAAAGUGAUGACCAUCGGCUCGGGGAAGGUCUUCGCCACCACGGGCUACGGCAUCGCCCUGCACAAAAACUCCCGCUGGAAGAGGCCCCUGGACCUCGCCUUGCUUCAGCUGGUGGGAGACGAUGAGGUGGACAUGCUGGAGCGUCUCUGGCUCUCGGGAAUCUGCCACAAUGACAAAAUCGAGGUGAUGAGCUCCAAGCUGGACAUCGACAACAUGGCGGGGGUGUUCUACAUGCUGCUGGUGGCCAUGGGCCUGAGCCUGCUGGUGUUCGCCUGGGAGCACCUGGUCUACUGGAGGCUAAGGCACUGCCUGGGCCACUCCGGCAGGCUGGACUUCCUCCUAGCUCUCAGCAGGGGCAUGUACAGUUGCUGCAGCAUAGAAGAUGAAACGGUCAUGGAGGGCAGCAAGACCACCCUUCCCACCUAUCACCACCCUUCCACAGUGCCCCCUCCUCCACCGCCCCAUGUGGUCACUGCCGCCGUCCCCAUACCAGCAAUCGCCAUGACGCAACCACAGCAACAACAGCAGCAGCAGCAACAGCAGCAGCAACAGCAGCAGCAGGCGCAACAGCAGAAGACGUACCGCACCCCGUUGCCGGGGUCCCCCCCGACUGGCGCCCAUUCUGGGAUGGCCCUCGGGCCGUCGGAUAGUCCCAUGCUGGGUGCCCCUCUCCCCUGCUCCACUUUCCUGCCCCGCCCUGACCGGAGGCUGGCAGUGGUGGACCGCUGGAGGCUCCCGAAGACAGUGACCGCCAAACCGGUCGACGUUGUAGGCGGGACGUCCGACAUGGGACUGUUUCCGCAGAGGGUGGCUCCGAAUUGGGCGGGCGGUGAUGGUAGGGGUGCAGGUGGUGGCAAGAUGGAUGAGUACAAGCGGUACUACGGUCCGAUCGAUCCGGAAGGCUUAGGAGCUUGUGUGGACCCACAAAUGAGUGGUACCCAGACCCCCAAAACUAGGAAGGGGACUAAGUCUUUUGGGAACCCCUGGCUACCCCCUAAAAGUCAGGCCCCUGUCCCCCUGCCUCCUCUUCCUCCCUUCCCCGAACCCUCUCCCCCUCUCCCCUCUUCUUUUUGGAGAAAAUGUCGCCCAAAAAAAACAAAAGAUACAGGGGGGCCUUUGUAUGAGAAUAUUCUUCCUUUGGGGAGACGAGGAAGGAGGGGUAGCCUGAGGGCUGGAGGUGGCAGGAAGGGCCGGCCCCCACCCCCCCUGCCAUUUCCAGAGUCUGUCUCCCUUUCCCCCGCCAACUCUCCCCCCUCCCCUUCUCUCUCCCUCCCUUACAAUUCCACCUCCAACUCCUCUUCCACCACCUCCUCUUCCUCCUCAUCCUCCGCCUCUUCCUCCCGCUCCACCUCCCCCUCCUUCUCCACCUCAUCCUCCACCUCCUCCACGACCUCACGGAGCUCCAGGGACAGAGAGUGCGGAGCCGAGGGAGAGGAGGACGAAGAGCUGACGGAAGAGUCGAGCCUGCUUUUGGGGCGGGACCGGGAGAGGUCGCUUGUUUCGCAUCACUCGCACAGCCACGGCCCCCCGCCUCCACCCAUACCCCCCCGAAAGCCCCGCCUGCAGAGGGGGGGAGAGCGAGAGCAGAGGAGAGAGAGAGUCAGAGGGCAGCUGGCCCAGCUGCAGGAGUGGUGGGCGGAGUGGGGGGAGAGAGAGAGGGUGAGAGCCGGAGGCGGCGGAGACAGAGCGGAGAGACAAACCCAGAAGAAGCGACAGAAGGAAAAAGAGAAGGAGAAAAAGAAGAAAAGCCGGAAGAGGAAGAAGAGAGAGGAGCGCGAGAGGGAGAGGGAGAGGAAGCGGCGGAAGGCGAAAAAGAAGAGGAAAGCGAUGAAAUCGAAGAGGAGGAAGUCCAAAGAUGGAGAUACCGGGGUGGAGAGGGAGGCUGAGGGUGACGGUGAGAGGGACCAAGUAACUUUACAGGAUGAAUACUCCUACUCUGUCCGGUACCGUAAUGCUUUUGGGGAGAAGAGCGGAAGGGGGAAUAGGGACUCUGUUUGGGAGGGAAAGAGGGAUGGAGGGAGGCGAGAAGAAGAAGAGAGGGGGGAAGAAAGGGAUGGAAAGGAAAGUGGAGCCCGCCAUAGCAGGGAUAGGCAUUCCAAAAGCUCACUGAGCCCAUCCUAUUCAAAAUAUAGAGCAUUCUGCAAACGCUACCCCAACUUAAACAAGCUCCCGUCUUCAGCUAAGUUUUGGAUGAGUGGAAGCAGAAGCAGGAGCCCGAAUGGUGAUGCCCUCCCGUCCUCCUCAAAGCACUGGAGGGACAGAGGAGGAGGAAGGGAGGAAGGGGGAAGAAGGGGCGAGAGACGGCCCUUAUUGUUGCACCACGACAGAGACAUAGGCCACUCCAGAGAAGACCUGUCCUUCCGCGAGUCGGACUCCGAGGACGACGAGGAUGAGCGAAAGAUGCGAGAAGACAGGAAGAGAGAGGAUGAAGGGAGGAGGAGAUGUGAGGGGAGGGGGGCAGAAUCGGAGAGGGAAAGGGGUAGAGCGGUGGAGAGUUACUCUGAUGAGGGGUCAUCGGGGGAGUUCGGAAGGUUUGAAAGGUACUGGGAAGGCAGCAUAGGCAGAGACAGUGGGGGUAUUGGGGGAGGGGGUUGGUUUUUCGGUACCUAUCCUGCCAGAGAGAAAGGGGGCAGUGUGAACAGUAGGGAUGAUUCUGUUUUAGGACGAGGAGAUGGGUGCGUAGCUGGGGGAGGAGGCUGGGGUUUGGGCGGGGGAACAGGGUGGGGAUCAGGGGGGUUGGGGACAGAGCAAUGGCCUCCCCCACCUGCAGUCCCCCGAAGGUACUGGUCUGUGGAUAAGCUACCUAUACAUGAUGAUAAGGGGAAAGGAGGAGGGAAGGGGAAACACAGGGGUGGGGACAGGCAUAAGGGUGAGAAGGGGGCAUGCUCCUGUCAGUACCCCCACGGCCACACACCCACGCACUCCAAAAAGGGCGGGAACCCCUCUCACGACCAGGAAGAACUGUUGCCUCACUGCCACAGCUUUAGCGGCAGUUCCAGGCCCAAACCUCCAGCCCCGAAGCCCGAGCAGAAGCAAUCCAAAUUCGGCAGCCAGUCCAACCUCAGUGCGCAGCAAGCCCAACUCAGCAACCACGCCCGCCAGCCCUCCCCCCCACAGGCAGUCAUCCCCGCUCUCCCCCCUCCUGCACUCCCUGGACCCUCCUCUGCCUCCCUCCACAACCACCCGCCCGCAUCUUCCUCCUCCGUCGUCUCGUCGGCGCCGAGCGCCCGCCCGUCUUCCUCGACGGCCGCCGCCAGCGCUAAGCUCCAGUACCAGAGACUGCGCUCAGUACCACACCCACGGCGGUUCUACUCCCCUCACCUGCCCCUGAAGACCAAAAGCCUGUGCUCCCGAAGAGGCUCCGCCUACUUCUCCAGUCUGGAGAGCGAGGUAUGA